AUGGAGUCUUCGGAGAGCACACAGACACCCCUUGCCCGGGGCGGAUCGUACUCUGUCCCUACGCCGUACGGCUACCAGCUGGAUCUGGACUUCCUGCGGCUUGUGGAGGAGAUGGAGAGUGGCUGCAGAGUGUGGGGGGCCCAGGGCAGGCUCUCCUCGAGGGGCCCCAGGAGGGGACGUGUUGGCAGCAGGGUGGAACAGACGCUGGUGGAAGUGAGACAGAGGCUUCAGCGGAGCAGGUCCAAUAGUCUGGCAGAAUUGGGCCGGUUUGACUCCCCAAAUGUCUCUCCUAGAAACGCCUCCGACCCAGAGUUCUGCCAAUCACACACUUCCUCUCCCCUUAGCUCCGCCUACAGCCCAGCAUGUAGCGAUGGCCCCCUGAGCAGCCAGGACUCAGGGGUGGGGGGGGACCUGGCCGAGCUGGCCGGUGGGGUGGGUCGGACAGGGGGCAUAUUGGGGGGGGACCUGGCCGAGCUGGCCGGUGGGGUGGGUUGGACAGGGGGCAUAUUUGACCAGGGGUCAGGGGGUAGAUUUGCCCAGGGACGGUGGCCUGUUGCUGAAGGAGAUGACAGGCCUCUGGGGAACAGCCAGGAUGCUGCCAUGGAAACAGAGCAUGUGCAGAUGUGUGAAGUGGGAGUCGAGACGGAUGAGUCCUGGGAAAGGGAGCUGGAGGCCCUGCGCCACACAGUGGAGACUCAGCGCCAUCUCAUCCACCUCCUCGAGCACCAGCUCAACCGCACCCAGGAGGCACAGGAAGUGCUGAGGGCCCAGCAGGCACAGGAAGUGCUGAGGGCCCAGCAGGCACAGGAAGUGGAAACAGAGCUCUGUCCAGGCUGCAGUAAGGUGCAUGGCGUUCUUGGGGAAGGUGCUGGCAGAGUGCACCAGAGCACUCAGACAGACAGCCAGGGGGAAACUCCGCCAGCAGCACUGACCAGCAGGGGGAGCCAGUGGGAGGAGCGCAGCAUCCCUGCAGGGAAGAACAGGGAUGUCACAUCCACACCAGCUGCAGGUUUGCUGAAGUCCAUUAUGAAAAGGCCUGGUGGGGACAGGGCUUCAGGCCACAGGAAGUGCCUGCAGUUUGUAGGGAUUCUCAAUGGAGGGUAUGAGUCAACCUCCAGUGAGGAAGAGGAGGAUGAGGAUGAAGACAGCUCCUCAGGGGCCUCAGACAGCAGUGAAGGGGCAGUGGAGUCUCAGAAAGAAAGAAGCAUUGACCCGCCCAGCGGCAACGAGUCAGAGAGUGAAGAGGAAAAAGAGAAAUUCGAACUGAGUGUUGAAAUGCGUGAGGCCUGUCUCAUCUUGAAGAGCCACCUGGAUGAUGACAUCAGCGCUGUGUAUGAGGACAAUGUGCUCUCCAGCAGUCAAACAGUGGAGCAGGAGUGGUUCAGAGUGUGCGGCUCUAAGGCGGCCAAGCCUGCCCAUGUGAGUGGCUUCCUGACGGCCUUCUCCCAGCUGUUUCCUGGCCUGCUGGAGUGCGUAGUCAACAUGGCCGACCUCCACGGCAACACCGCUCUGCACUACAGCCUCUCCUGGUCAAACUUCACUGUGGUCUGUGUGCUGCUGGACACCGGUGUGUGUGAUGUGGACCAGCGGAAUAAGGCUGGGUACACACCACUCAUGCUGGCGGCUCUGUCCACACCCAGAACUGCAGAGAACAUGCAGGUGGUCAGAAGGCUGUACAGCCAGGGCAACGUUAACGCCAAGGCCAAUCAGACAGGUCAGACGGCGCUCCUGUUGGCAGUGUGCCGGAGGCAGGUGCAGAUGGCGUGGGCGCUGCUGGACUGUGGGGCAGAUGUGAACGCUCAGGAUGGGGUGGGAAGCUCCGCCCUGAUGUAUGCCUGUCAGCAAGGCCCCGCCCACAUGGUGUCCCUGCUGCUACAGCACCCCCACUGUGACAUCACCCUGAGGAACAACGAUGGUGAAACUGCACUAUGCAUUGCCCUGGCUGCUUCCCGCAGUGACAUUGUGGUGCUGCUUUAUACUCAUAUGAACAGAAAGGUCCACCCCACAGCCCCAGCGCUGGGAUCCAACCCUUCCACUGCAGAAUCAAAAGUCCAGCAGCCAGAGAAUCAGACCACCAUCCAGGGAAAACUCAUCCGCUAG